CUGAGUUGUGGUCAUGUGCUGUGUUAAGUGAUUUUUUUUUUACAAUGGAGCAACUUAUUCGAAGAAUGUUAUUAUGUAGAAUUCCUUACAAAGGACGAAGGAUGUUAUUGAAUUGUUGAAUUAAUAAUAGAAGUCCUUCCACACUAGAGUACACAGGACGAAAAUAUUUUUUUUUUGCUAUUGAGCACCAACCGGUUUGCACAUUAUAACGAUGGGCGUAGCCGAAGAUUUUGCUCCUAGCUUCACGCAGAAGCCACAACUGCGACAAGAAGACGAAGGAAACAGAUUGAUAUUUGAAUGUCGACUGUUGGGAUGUCCCAAGCCAGAAAUUACAUGGUUCCGGGGUGAGACUCAGCUGGCCGAAGACCACCGGACUGUAAUGAAAAUCCAGGCAGUAGCUACCAACACGUAUGUAGUAAUUCUUGAGCUGGAUGAUGUAAUCGAAAUGGACGCUGGCCUUUAUAAGGUCAAAGCAAAAAAUAAAAUGGGUGAAGUGGCAGCAUCGAUCAAUUUGAAUUUCAGCCCGGUUGACGAACCUCAUGAAAAACAAAUAGAUGGACUGGCCCCAACAUUUUCAAAAAAGCCAUCGAUUAAACAAGAAGACGAUGGUAAGAGACUUUUAUUCGAGUGUAUUAUUCAAGCUGAUCCAAAACCAUCAAUUACAUGGAUUCACGGUGGAAAACCAGUGAUCGAUUCUCCUAGACAUAAACAAUAUGUAGAUAAAGAUGGACAUUCCUAUUUAGCAACUCUAGAAAUAAGAAACGUCACUGUUGAAGAUGCUGGAAAAUAUAAAGUUACAGCGAAGAAUGAGUUGGGUGAAAGUAAUGCGACAAUUAGUCUUAAUUUUGACAGUGACGAAGCACCUGUACCUGAAGAUGGGAUAAAGCCCACAUUUACUGAAAGACCUAUAAUUACACAGACUGAAGAUAGUAGAAACGUUAUUAUAGAAUGUCGUCUUGUGGGAGAUCCAAAACCAACGGUUCAGUGGUACCACGGUAAAAAUAUUGUGAAGGGUAGUAAGUAUUCCUCGUCAUUAAAUGUAGAUCAAAAGCUAUAUUACUUGGCAAAAUUAGAAAUAAAUAAUACAGAAGAAACAGAUAGUGGGGAAUACAGAGCCGAGGCAAUCAAUGUGCAUGGAAAAUGUGUCGCUAAUGUAAAUCUGAAUUUAAAUGAUGAUAAUAAAGGUCAUCUUAAAAUUCCAGAAGGAAAACAACCAAGGUUUCCUAAGAAGCCAGUGAUACAUCAAGAGGGGGAUGUUUUAGUAAUGGAGUGUGAGCUGGAAGCUAAUCCCAUCCCAGAAAUAAACUGGUAUCAAGCAUCUAAAUUAAUAUUAGAUACAGGACGGAUUAGAAUGUCAAAAAAGACAAUUGGCAAAGACAUGUAUUUACUUAGAUUAGAAAUCACAAAUCCCACCAAAGAAGAUGGUGGAAAUUAUCGUUGUAAUGCUUGUAAUAUAUUUGGUGAAAGCAAUGCAAAUAUAUCAUUGAAUUUCCAAGGUGGUGAUAGUAGUUCUGGAUUUGCGCCAUCGUUUAUCGAAAAACCUCGAAUAAUUCCAAAUGAAUCUGGAACACUAAUUACACUCCGGUGCAAUUGCACAGCUAAUCCUAAGCCAGAAGUUGAGUGGUAUAAAGGAACGAAGCUUGUCACGGAGACAUCGAAAAUUUCUAUGAAAGUUACCGGGAAAGAAAACAUAUACGAAAUACUUUUAUUGAUACAAGAUCCAAUUGGUCCGGAUAGUGGCACUUAUAGAUGUCACGUGAAAAAUGAACAUGGUGAGAGCAAUGCAAACUUAAAUCUUAACAUUGAAACCGAUCCUGAACCAGAAGGUGAACCUCCUACAUUCUUAAUUAAACCAAGAAUACAGUCCAAAAACAACGGUAAACUAGUUGUUAUGGAUUGCACUGUAAAGGCAAGUCCCAAACCAGAAGUCGUCUGGUACCUUGAUGGUAAGAUAUUGAACCAAUCUUCGAAACUUUCUUGGAGAGUCGAAGAAAAAGGGGAUUCUUACUACAUAUGCCUGGAAUUAAAGAAUCCAGGUAAAGAAGACACGGGGUUGUAUAAAUGCAGUAUAAAAAACGGGAAUGGUGAACUGAAUGCAAAUCUGACACUCAAUAUUGAAAUAAUACCGGUGAUCAAAGAAGUCCCACGUGUUGUCACAAUAUCAAAAACUAAAAACGUUGUCAUUGAGUGUCGCAUCCAGUCCAUUUUCGAACCCCAGUGCACAUGGAAAAAAGACAACACUGUGAUCAAAGACAACGUUACAAGACAAACGAAAAUCGAACGCGUUAAUGAUGGAGAGUAUUUGGUAAAAUUAGAAGUGAAAAAUGCAACUUCCAGCGAUAAGGGUAUUUACAAUUUGAUCGCUAAAAACGAAAAAGGUGAAGUAGUAUCUAGUCCUAUUGAAGUAAAAGAAGUUGUAGAAGAAAAAGUAGAAAAACCAUCUAUUGAUGAGAAACUUAAAUCAAUCCCAAGUCGAGUACCAGAAAUCAAGGCGCCUGAAAUGCCCAAAAUCGAAGUUAUUCGUGAACAAACGCCAACCGAUAGCAGAAAAAACUCACUGGGUCCAAGUUCUGGUUCUGGACAAUCAAGCCGUAGAGGUUCCCUAAUUCCUCCACCAGAGGACAACAAAGGCCGCCGCCCGAGUUUGAUAAUCAGCGACGAGGAAAAUAGAAAAUUACGGCCCGGAGAGGUCCUGGAAGAAAAAAAGGUUGGAAAAUUGCGGCCUGGUCAGGUUAUUGAUGAAAAGCGUCGUAGACCAAGCACAGAAAUGAGAAGACCUAGCAUAGCAGAACUUGAAGAAAAGAUUGAUAAACCCUCAACACCAUUAAAAGAUUUAGGUGCACCAGGACCACCAAGCAUCGUAGAUGUUGCUGAAAGUUACUCAGCUAUUGAAGAUCAGACUGGAUAUAUAACUAUACAAGUGGAAGGCACACCUGCUCCUACAUUCAAAUUUUUCAAAGGAAUAACCGAGCUUAUUGAGGGAGGACGAUUCAAAUUCAUUACUGAUGGAGAAACAAAUACAAUAACAUUGUGUAUGCGUAAAGUAAAGCCAAAUGAUGAAGGAAAGUACCAGGUAAUUGUGACCAACAUUCACGGGUCAGACACUGCAGAAAUGCAACUAUACGUAUCAGAUUCUAGUGGUAUGGACUUCAGAGCUAUGUUAAAGAAAAGAAAAUAUGCAAAGUGGGGGAAAGACAAAGACGAUCCAGAAUGGGGAGAAUUAAAAGAAACAGAAAUACCUGUACCUGCAUUAAAAAAAGUGGAAAGGAAACCAGAAUCGUUUUUGAAACCAUUAGUUGAUCAAUAUGCCAAAGAAGGAAAAGACAAAAAAGUUACAUUUGAAGGAGUAUUUUCAAAACCUAAUUCUAAACCUAAAUGGUUUCUUCGAAAAGACGAAUUAUUUACCGGAUCUAAGUACAAAUUCAAAAACGAAGGUGACGUGUAUCAAUUGAUUAUAAUGGGACCAAAAGUAGAAGAUACUGGAAAAUAUACAAUUGAAAUAGGAGGCGUUACUUCAACAGCUUAUCUUAAUGUUGAAGAACCUGCACCAGUUUAUACGUUUUUGCGACCACUUGAAUCCACCACUAAUGGUUAUACAAAACACGAAACCAGCAUGGAAUGUACAGUUAGUAGUAGUAUGGCUAUUAUUGGUUGGUAUAAAGAAAAAACUAAAUUAGCUGACGGUGAUAAAUAUAGUAUAUCAAAAGAUAUGAGUGGAAUUUGUCGGUUAACAAUAAAAAAUUGUGAGUUGAAUGAUAGUGGAAAAUAUUACUGUCGAAUUGAAAAGCAAGAUGAUAAAACGUCAUCAACUGUUAAAAUAGUUGAAUAUCCAUAUAAAUUCGUAAAAGUAUUAAAACACCAACAAAUGGUUGAAAAAGAUACUGUAACAUUAAUAUGCGAGUUAGAUGACGCGGCAGGUGAUGUUAAGUGGUCUAAAAAUGGGCAAGAGCUUAAAGCUGAUAAGAGAAUUCGAAUAGUAAAAGAAGGUAGAAAAAGAAAACUGAUAAUUAACGACGCUAAAGUUACUGAUGGUGGUCUAUUUUCCUGUGCAACAAAUGCUGAUAAAACUGAAGCAGAACUAGUUAUAAAAUACUUAAAUAAAUUUAACAAAAAACUUAAGGAUACUGUUGGAAUCGAGAGAGAAAAAGUUGUGUUAGAAGUAGAGUUACAGGAUCAAACAGCUCCCACUGAAUGGUUUUUCGAUGAUCAACCAAUUACAUCUUCAGAAAGAAUUGAAAUCAAAAAUUUGGGUGGUGGUAAACAUCAAUUAAUAUUUAAUAAAUUGGAACUGAAAGACGCUGGUACAAUUACGUGUAAAUCAAACGAACUUACCUCUAUUUGCCUAUUAGAGGUAAAGAAAGGAGAAGAAAAACCUGUAAUUUUGUUUGAUGAGAAUGUAGAAGGCCCCGUAUCACGUCCAAUAAGCUUUGAAGUUCCUUAUAAAGUAAAUGGAACACGACAAUCUGCCAUUGAUGCAAAAAUUUUGAAAGAUGGCAAGCCAUUAACUGCAAAAGAUGUAGAGGCAAUUAUUCAUGAUGAUAAAAUUAUAUUUAAUAUAAAAAAACCAGCGCAUGCUCUUACUGGAAAUUAUCAAAUCAAAUUGAAAAAUGACCAAGGAGAAGACACCAAAGAUGUUCAUAUUAACAUGCAAGAUGUUCCGACACCACCACGAAAUUUGGAAGUAUCUGAUAUUUUUAAAACCAGUUGUAAAAUUAAAUGGGAAUCUUCGGAAGACAAUGGAGGAUCUCCUAUACUUCAUUACGUUAUUGAAAGACAAGAUUUAGCUCUAAAAGGAGGAUGGCAGAAUGUUGGAGAGGUAAAAGCAGAUUCUCCUUUAGUUUUGGAUGUGACAGAUUUAACUACAAAAAAAGAAUAUAAAUUCCGCGUAAAAGCUGUAUCAAAAAUUGGAGCGUCUGAACCUACACCCCUAGCCAAAACAGUUUUAGCAAAGGAUCCAUGGGACGAACCCGGUAAACCAAAUGAUGUAGAAUUAGUUGACUGGGAUAAAGACCAUGCUGAUUUAAAAUGGACCAAACCUGUUAAUGACGGAGGAGCUCCGAUUACAGGAUAUAUUAUUGAGUACAAAGAAAAGUUCGGAAAAGAUUGGGUAAAAGGUAAAGUAUUUGAAGGAGAUAUUACUUCAGCUACAAUAGAUGGUUUAAAAGAAGGAACCCAGUAUGAAUUCCGAGUACGAGCAAUAAAUAAAGCUGGUCCAGGUGAACCUAGUGAAGCAACAAAACCAAUUAUUGCAAAAUCAAGAUUUGUUAAACCAUGGAUUAUCGGAGAUGAUUUGAAAAAUAUAAUUGUUAAAAAAGGACAAGUAAUUAAAUACGAUAUAAAAUAUGGAGGUGAACCAGAACCUGAAGUUAUCUGGAAACUAAAUGAAACUGAAAUCCAACAUGAUGGUGAUAGAAUUACUAUUGAUAAAUAUGAACGUAAUACAUUAUUAACAAUUCGAAGAGCUACAAGGAUUGAUAGUGGAAAAUAUACUUUAAUACUAAAAAAUAGCUCUGGAACUGCCGAAAAAAGUGCUGAAGUGAUUGUUUUAGACAAACCGCUCAAACCUACCGGACCUUUAAAAGUUGAAGAAGUAAGAGCUGAUCAUAUAACCGUUUCUUGGAAAAAACCACAAGAUAACGGGGGUUCAGAAAUAACUGGUUAUAUCGUAGAAAAAAUGGACAUGGACUCUGGUCGUUGGGUUGCAGCUGGCGAAACUGGUCCAUCAAAAGAAGCGUUUACGCUCACUAAUUUAACUCCAAAAAAGAAGUAUAAGAUUCGAGUUAAAGCUGUUAAUAAAGAAGGAGAGUCAGAACCUUUAGAAACUACUGAGGAAAUUUUAGCUAAAAACCCAUACGAUGAGCCAGGUGAACCAGGAAAACCAGAAAUCAUCGAUUAUGACAAUAAGAGUGUUACCUUAAAAUGGAAAAAGCCAGAAUCUGACGGUGGAAGACCAAUUACACACUAUUUAGUUGAAAUGAAAGAUAAGUUUGCAUUGGAAUGGAGUGAAGUGACUAAAACACUCGAUAAUAAUCCUGAAGUUAAGGUAGAGGGUUUAAAAGAAAAAAUGGUUUACGAAUUCCGAGUAAGAGCUGUAAAUAAAGCUGGAGCGGGAGUACCGAGUAAACCUACAAAUCCACACAUUUGCAAACACAGAAACUUAAAACCAAGAAUUGACAAAGAAGGUAUGAAAAAUAUUACAAUCAAAGCGGGUAGAAAUCAAAAGUGGGUUGUUGAUGUGUCUGGAGAGCCAGCACCAACACUUACAUGGGUAUUGAAGAACCAAACGGUAGUUAAUAAUGACAGAAUAAAAAUCGAAAACAUCGAUUAUCAAACAACAUUCACAAUAACUGGCGCCAUUCGUAAAGAUACAGGCGUUUAUACACUGGUAGCUGAAAAUGCUUCUGGUAAAGAUGAAGCGACUCUAGAGUUCACGGUCUUAGGUAAACCUGAUUCACCAAAAGGACCACUUGAAGUAACUGAUAUCACCAAAAAGAGUUGUAAAAUUAAAUGGAAGAAACCGGAAGAUGACGGUGGUUGUCCAAUCACAGAAUAUGAAGUAGAAAAAAUGGAUCUGGCCACAGGAAAAUGGGUGAGAGUAUGUAAAGUGCCAGCUAAAGAUAGUACCAAAGAACCUGAAGUUGAAAUAUCUAAUUUGGAACCGGGUCAUGAAUAUAAGUUCCGAGUGACAGCUGUAAAUAAAGAAGGAGAUUCUGAACCUCUCACAACGACCAAAUCUAUAAUUGCCAAAAAUCCAUUUGAUGAACCAUCCAAGCCUAAUACUCCUGAAAUUAUUGAUUAUGAUAACCAAAGUGUUACGUUAAAAUGGACGGCUCCAGAAAAAGAUGGUGGUUCUCCUAUUGAAAAAUAUUUCAUAGAAAAAAAAGACAGGUUCAGUCAAGAAUGGGAGUUUGCUAUUGAAGUUCCAGCUACUGAGUUAAAAGCCAAAGUACCUGAAUUAAAAGAAAAAUCAGAGCUCCAAUUCCGAAUUACUGCUGUAAAUAAAGCUGGACCGUCACCUGCAUCGGACCCUACAAAAAUUCAUAUUGUUAAACAUAAAUCAUUGAAACCAAGAAUUGAUCGCACCAAUUUAAAAAAUAUUGUAGUUAGAGGUGGAAAAACAGUAAAAUACGAUGUCAAUAUUAAAGGUGAACCAGCACCAACUGUCAAAUGGCAGCUUGUUAACAAAGAGACUGAUGAACUUAUAAGAGAUGUCAUAUCGGAAGGCAAUGUUCAAAUCGUAAAUGUACCAUACAAUACCAAAAUUACUUUGUCAGAUACGGGACGUAAAGAUUCCGGUUUAUAUAAAGUUAUUGCUGAAAACGAAUUUGGCAAGGACGAAGCUACUGUUGAAGUGACUGUCCUAUGUCCUCCAACAAGACCUCAAGGUCCUCUUAAAGUGAAAGAUGUUACAAGUAGUGGUGCUAAAGUCAAAUGGGACAAACCAAAGGACGAUGGUGGAAAACCUGUAACAGCAUACGUAGUUGAAAAAAUGGAUGCUCAAACCGGACGCUGGAUUCCAGUUGGUCGCACACAAGAACCAGAAAUGGAUAUUAAAGGUUUGCAAGAAGGUCAUGAGUAUUCGUUUAGGGUAAAAGCUUUGAACGAGGAAGGUGAAUCCGAAGCAUUAGAAAGCGAUGGUAGUAUUGUUUCCAAGAAUCCAUAUGAAAUCCCCGGUAAACCUGGAACACCAAAAAUUACUGAUUGGGAUGUUGAUAAGGUAGAAUUAACGUGGACAGAACCAAAACACGAUGGUGGAGCACCAAUAACUGGAUAUGUUAUUGAGAAAAAAGAAAAAUUAUCUGCUGCCUGGGAAGAAAUUUUGACUACAAAAACACCGGCUUGUCAAACUACUGUAAAAAAUCUUAAAGAAGGAAAUCAAUAUCAAUUUAGGGUACGUGCUAUAAAUAAAGCAGGGCCUUCUGAACCAAGCGAUGCAACCAAAAUGCAUACUGCUAAAGCCAAGAAUUUAAAACCACUGAUCAAUCGUGAAAAAUUACAAAAGGUUGUCGUAAGAGUAGGUCAAGUUGUAAAAUUUGAUGUAGACGUACGUGGUGAACCUCCACCAACCAUGAUAUGGUCUUUUGGUAGUAAACCAUUGAUAAAUGGACGUUCAGUGAAAAUUGAAAAUGAAGAUUAUAAUACAAAAUUAAAUUUAUCUGAAAAUACAAGAAAAAAUACAGGAGUCUAUAGUUUACGAGCAGAGAAUGCUUCCGGUUUUGAUGAAGCUACUGUAGAAGUCGUUAUUUUGGAUAAACCUGGACCUCCAGUUGGUCCACUUGAAGUCACUGACGUACAUAAAGAAGGUUGUACAUUACAUUGGAAUAAGCCAAAAGAUGAUGGUGGAUUACCCAUUACUGGAUAUUUAGUUGAAAAAAUGGAUACCACAACUGGAAAAUGGGUACCUGCAGGAUUUGUCGAUCCAACAAAAACCGAACACAAAAUAAACGGUCUGGAACCGAAUAGAAAAUAUAAUUUCAGAGUAAAAGCAUUAAACGAAGAAGGAGAAUCCGAACCAUUAGAAUCGGAUGCUUCGAUACUUGCUAAAAAUCCUUAUGACACACCUGGUGCUCCAGGAUUACCAGAAGUUGUUGACUACGAUGAAAAUAUGGUAGAAUUAAAAUGGGAUGCACCAUUUAGAGAUGGUGGGGCUCCGAUAACAGGAUAUAUAAUCGAAAUGAAGAGCAAAUAUGAUAGUUCGUUCAUAAAAGCUGCUGAAGUUACUGGAAAUGUUUGUAAAGGCAAAAUUCCAAAAUUAGAAAACGGACAACAAUACCAAUUUCGAGUACGUGCUGUUAACAAAGCUGGUCCCGGUGAAGCUAGUGAAGAAUCUCUUCCUCAUAUUGUUAAAGCCAAAUUCAUGAAACCAAGAAUAGAUAGAACAAACUUACAAAGCUUAGUCAUGAAAGUUGGACAUACAAAAUUAGUUGACGUGAACAUAAGUGGAGAGCCUGUACCUACUGUCACGUGGUCAUUUAAAGACACUGAACUAACUACAGGAAAUUCGCUGGAAAUCAAUAACAUGGACUACAAUACAAAAUUAAUGAUCAUUAAGGCUAUGCGUGCUCAUAGUGGUGUAUAUACAAUUAAAGCUAAAAAUUCAGUCGGCGAAGACACAGCUACUUUUGAUAUAACUAUUUUAGGAAAACCAACGAAGCCAGGUGGUCCACUUGAAGUAACUGAUGUGACGAAAAAUGGUUGCAAACUAAAAUGGAAAAAGCCAGAAGAUGAUGGUGGCACGCCAAUAGAGUAUUAUGAAAUUGAAAAACUUGAUCCAUUAACUGGUCAAUGGAUACCAUGUGGUAAAUCUAACGAGCCAGAAGCCAAUAUAACUGGUUUACAAGAAGGUAAACAAUAUAAAUUCCGCGUGAGGGCAGUGAACAAAGAAGGAGAAUCAGAUGAUCUAGAAGCUGAUAAAUUUAUUGUAGCUAAAAAUCCAUUUGAUGAACCAAGUAAACCUGGUAAGCCAAAUCCAACAAAUUGGGAUAAGUCAUUUAUUGACCUUGAAUGGGAAGCCCCUGAUUCCGACGGGGGUGCACCGAUUGAAAGUUAUAUUGUUGAAAUGAGAGAUAAGGACGAGAGAAAUUGGGUUAAAGCUCUUGUUCUUCCAAAUAAACGCUCUGGUCGAGUGACGGAUGUUAUAGAGGGCCAUGAAUAUGAAUUCAGGGUGAUUGCAGUUAAUAAAGUUGGACCUAGUCAACCGAGUGAUAUUUCGAAAUCCGUUGUAGCUAAACCACGAUUUAUGGCACCUAAAAUUGAUCGAAAGAAUUUGGGAAAGAAAGAAAUUCGCAAAGGAAAAUUCUUGAAAUUUGAAGCAGAUGUUGAAGGGGAGCCUGCGCCAACUAUAUCAUGGACAUUUAACGGACAGACCAUAUUAUUUAAUGACAGAUUAACCAUAGAAAGUGAAGACUAUAAAACGACAUUUAUACUACAAAAAGCUAAACGCUCUGAUUCAGGAAUUUAUACAGUUACUGCAAAAAAUGAGUCUGGAACUGAUAAAGCAGAAGUUGAAAUUAUUGUUCUCACUGCUCCCACCAAACCUAAAGGGCCAUUGAAAGUGUCAGAAGUCACAGCAGAAGGAUGUGAACUAAAAUGGCAAAAACCUGAAGAUGAUGGAGGUGUUCCGAUAGAUCAUUAUAUUGUUGAACGUAUGGAUACUGAAAUGGGACGAUGGGUACCAGUUACCAUUUCGAAACUUCCUGAAGCCGAAGUUACUGGUUUACACGAGGGUAAAGAAUAUUUGUUCCGAGUAAAAGCAGUAAAUGCUGAAGGAGAAUCGGAACCCCUGGAAACUGACUUUGGAAUUGUAGCAAAGAAUCCGUAUAAUGAACCUGAUCGCCCUGGAAAACCUUAUGCUAAAGACUGGGAUAAGAGCAGCGUACAUUUGAAAUGGACACCUCCAGCAAACGAAAAUGGUGCUCCAGUUACAUCAUACAUUAUUGAAAAAAAAGAUCAAUACAGCUCUAAAUGGCAAAAGGCUGUAGAAUUAAUUGGAAACAAAUGUGAAGGAAGAAUACCAGAUCUUGCUGAAAAUAUGAAAUACACUUUCCGAGUAAUUGCAGUCAACAAAGGUGGAUUUAGUAAGCCGAGUGAACCCAGUGACCCAGUCAUUACAAAAGAUAGAAAUGUUGCACCAAUAAUUGACAGAAGCACGCUCAAGAAUUUGACUUUAAAAGCAGGACAGCAUGUGAAAAUUGAUGUAAAGAUUAGUGGAGAACCACCACCAACAAAAAUAUGGUAUCAUAACAAAGCACGUUUAGAAAGCAAAGAAAACUUUAAUGUAGAAUAUGAAGAUUAUAGAACUAAAAUUUCGAUAUCUGUGGCUGAUAGAUCACAUACUGGAGUAUACAUAAUUAAGGCCGAAAAUGACUCUGGCAAAGACGAAGCAACAUUUGACAUUACUGUGCUAGACAAGCCUGGAAAACCUGAGGGACCUAUUAAAAUAUCUGAUAUACACAAAGAAGGUGCUUCGUUAAAAUGGAAUCCACCCGAAGAUGAUGGAGGUGUUCCUUUGAGUCACUAUUUAGUCGAAAAAAUGGAUGCUGAAACGGGACGUUGGGUACCAGCAGGAAGAUGCAAAGAGCCAAAUUUAACUGUAUCUAACUUGAUACCGGGUCAAGAAUAUACAUUCCGUGUAUCAGCUGUAAAUUCUGAAGGAGAAUCUGAACCACUAGUAGCCGAUCAUUCAAUCAUAGCUAAAAAUCCAUUUGAUGAACCAAGUGCAACAACUGCACCUAAGAUUGUUGAUUGGGAUAAAGAUUUUGUUGAUUUAGAAUGGGAACCUCCUAUUAACGAUGGAGGAUCUCCAAUCACAGGUUAUGUAAUUGAAAAGCGAGAAAAGGGGACUUCACGGUGGAUUAAAGCUGGAGAAAUGAAAGAGCCUGUGACCAAAGGUCGAGCUGAAGAUUUGGAAGAAGGAAUCGAAUACGAAUUCAGAAUUCGAGCUGUAAACAAAGCUGGACAAGGUGAUCCAAGUCCACCAAGCCAAUCUAUAAUUACAAAACCUAGAAAGCUGGCCCCAAAAAUAGAUCGUCGUAAUCUUAAAUCUAUAACAAUCCGAGAAGGUGAACCAAUUUUAUAUGACGUUAAAGUAUCAGGAGAACCAGCACCAGAUGUAACUUGGUCAUUUAAUAAUGUUAUUAUUUCUACUAAUAGCAUUUAUCAAAUUGAUAAUGUGCCAUAUAAUAGCCGAUUUUAUCACUCAAAUCCAAUGCGUAGUGAUACAGGAAUUUAUAAAAUAAUAGCUUCUAAUAAAUACGGCGAAGACGAAGAAGAAGUCGAAGUGACGGUUAUUUCCAAACCAAGUAAACCUGAAGGACCAUUAGAAGUCUCAGAUGUACAUAAAGAUGGAUGCACUUUGAAAUGGAAAAAACCAAAAGAUGAUGGCGGUGAACCAUUAGAGGGAUACUUAGUGGAAAAAUUCGAUCCUGAUAAUGGAGUUUGGCUACCAGUAGGACGUACCAAAGAUCCAGAGAUGCAAGUUACUGGCUUAAUACCAGGACAUGAAUAUAGUUUCCGUGUUAAGGCUUUAAAUAGUCAAGGCGAAUCAGAACCUCUUGAAACAUUAUCUACUAUUAUCGCUAAAGACCCCUUCACCAACCCCGAAGCACCUGGAGCACCUGAUAUUAAUGAUUGGAGUCAAAAUCAUGCUGAUCUAGUAUGGAAAAAACCAUUUAGUGAUGGUGGUACACCAAUUACACAUUAUAUCAUCGAAAAAAAAGAUAAAUAUAGUGGAGUGUGGGAAAGAGCUGGAGAAACAAUCAAUGAACAACCCCAAGGAAUUGUUAAUGGUUUAGUUGAAGGUAACGAAUAUCAAUUCCGCAUAAUUGCCGUAAACAAAGCUGGUCAAAGUGAGCCUAGUAGGCCAUGUGCUAAUUUUAUAGCCAAACCACGUUACUUGGCUCCUCAUAUUGAUAGACGUAACCUUAUGGAUGUAAAACUAUCAGCUGGAUCAUCAUUGAAAUUAGAUGCUGUAAUAACGGGUGAGCCAGCCCCUCAUGUUGAUUGGAGAUGUGGUGCUAUGCCAUUAAAAUCCGAACCUCAUGUUAAUAUUGAAAUCGUAGACUAUUAUACGAAAUUAGUUAUUAGACCAGUAGGCCGUAAUAAUAGUGGUCAAUACACUGUUACUGCUGUAAAUAGUUCUGGAAAAGAUACUGCUGUUAUUAAUGUCAUAGUUACAGACAAACCUACGCCACCAGUUGGACCACUUCAAGUUUCUGAUAUACACAAAGAUGGCUGUAAAUUAAAUUGGAAAAGACCAGAAGAUGAUGGAGGUACUCCUAUUGAAUAUUAUUUAGUUGAAAAAUUUGAUACUCAAAAAGGCAGUUGGAUACCAUGUGGACGAUCACCAGAAACCGCUUUGGCGGUAACUGGGCUGACACCAGGUAAAGAAUAUAAAUUCCGCGUUACAGCUGUAAAUGCAGAAGGCGAAUCUGAUCCACUCCAAACUGAAAAAUCAAUCAUCGCUAAAAAUCCUUUUGAUGAGCCAGGUAAACCAGGUAACUUGGAAGUGACAGAUUGGGAUAAGAAUUUUGUUGACUUAAAAUGGAUUCCACCAAAAGAAGAUGGAGGAUCUCCCAUUACAGGCUAUUUAAUUGAGGUUAAAGAUAAAUCAGGAAUAUGGGAAAAAGCAUUGACAGUACCUGCUGAUAAAACAACGGCAACAGUGCCAAAUCUAGUUGAAGGUGAAUCUUAUGUAUUCCAAGUAAAAGCGAUAAAUGCAGCUGGUCCAGGUGAAGCAAGUGAUCCAACCAAUACGAUUGUUACUAAGCCUCGUAAUAUGGCACCACAUAUUGAUCGAACAAACUUAAACGAUAUUAAAAUCAAAGCAGGACAAACGAUUAGUUUUGACAUAAAAGUAACAGGCGAGCCGGUACCAAAAACCAAAUGGUUAAAGAAUCACAAAGAUAUACGAGUAGGCGAUGGUGUAAAGCAAACACAUGUCGAUUAUAAUACAAAACUAAUUAUUCGCAUGGCAACAAGAGAAGAUUCAGGGUCAUAUAUUAUAACAGCUGAAAAUAUAAAUGGCAAAGACACAGCGUACGCUGAAGUAACCGUUUUAGAUAAGCCAAGUGCACCAGAAGGACCGCUUAAAGUAUCCGAUGUACAUGGUGAAGGAUGCAAAUUAAGCUGGAAACCACCAGAAGACAAUGGUGGUCAACCAAUUGAAAAUUAUGUCAUAGAAAAGUUAGAUGAAGCUUUGGGUCGCUGGGUACCAGCUGGAGAAACUGAUGGUCCAGUAACUGACUUUGAAGUUACUGACCUAAUACCCGGACAUAAAUAUAAAUUCAGAGUAAAGGCAGUAAAUAAACAAGGAAAAUCAGAUCCAUUAACAGCUAACCAAAGCAUUGAAGCUAAAAAUCCAUUUGAUACUCCUAGUAAACCAUCAAAUCCCAUUAUCAAAGACUUUGACAGUGAUUUUGUUGAACUUGGUUGGGAUAAACCUAUGACUGAUGGAGGAUCACCAAUAACUGGUUACAUAAUUGAAAAAAAAGAUAAAUUCAGUCCAACCUGGGUUAAGGCUGCUGAAGUAACUGGUAAUGUAAACAGUGGAAUUGUUCCUGGUUUAACUGAAGGUAAUCAGUACGAAUUUAGGGUGCGUGCGGUAAAUAAAGCUGGCCCUGGUGAAGCGAGUGAACCAACAUUACCUCACCUUGCUAGACUCAAAAAGUUGGCGCCUCAUAUCGAUAGAAACACUCUAUCGGACAUAAAAGUGCGGGCCGGAAACAUGUUUGAAUUUGAUGUUAAAGUAUCUGGAGAACCUCCUCCAACUAAAGAAUGGUCUCUUAGAGGAGAUGUGCUCAUGAAAACUGAGAGCAUAAAUAUAAUAAAUCAAGAUUACUCAACAAAACUUAAAGUUAUUGAUGCAAAGCGUUCUGACGAUGGAAUUUAUUAUUUAGUAGCAAAAAAUAUUCACGGAAUGGACAAAGCUGCAGUCAAAGUUACAGUUAUAGAUGUACCACAACCACCUGAGGGACCUCUACAUCCAACCGAUGUGACAAGAAAUUCGUGUGUGUUAAAAUGGAAUCCACCAAAAGAUGACGGUGGAUCAGAAAUAACACACUACAUAGUUGAAAAAAUGGAUGCUGACACAUUAAGAUGGGUUCCAGUAGGUGACGCUGCUGGUACAACAAUGAGGAUUGAUCAUUUGAUCGAAGGUCACAACUAUAACUUCAGGGUUAAAGCUGUGAACAAAAUCGGGGAGUCUUUACCGUUAACUACAUUUGAUAGUAUAACAGCCAAAGACCCAUACGGAAAGCCAGAUAAACCAGGCACGCCUCAAGCAACUGAUUGGGGAAGAAAUUUUGUUGAUCUUCAAUGGACUCCACCAAAGAAAGAUGGUGGAUCUGAAAUUCUAUCUUACAUUAUCGAAAAACGAGAAAAAUACGGUCCUUGGGAGAAAGCUGCAACAGUAAAUGGAAAUAAAACCAAGGCCUCUGUUCCGGAUCUUACCGAAGGCCAUGAAUACGAAUUCCGAGUUAUUGCUGUAAAUAAAGGUGGCCCUGGUGACCCCAGUGAUUCAUCUGAAGUAAUAACAUGUAAACCGAAAUUCCUUGAACCAGUAAUAGAUACUACAUUCUUGCCUGAUUUGAUUGUACGCGCCGGUAAUAAAAUAAACUAUACUGUUCCAAUUGAGGCAGCACCUAGACCAACAGUGAAAUGGAGUGUUAAUGAAGUGCCAGUUGAUAGUGGCUCUAGAGUGGAUAUACAAAUUUAUAACAGCCAAGUUAUAUUUGAAAUACCAUUUUCAGUACGGAAUGACACUGGCCGUUACACAUUAACAUUAGAAAAUAACAUGGGAAAAUGUUCAGCUUCUGCUCAUGUCACUGUAUUAGAUCGUCCAUCACCACCUGAGGGUCCAUUAGACGUGUCUAAUGUCAGAAAAGAUGGAUGCCGGUUGACAUGGAAAAUACCUGUUGACGAUGGCGGUGCUCCUAUUUUACACUACAUUAUUGAAAAAAUGGAUAUUUCCAGAGGAACGUGGUCCGAUGCUGGAAUGACAACAUCAUUAUACCACGAUAUUAUUAGAUUAAUUCACAAACGCGAAUAUUUAUUUAGAGUCAAAGCCGUAAACAGUAUUGGUGAAUCAGACGUUUUAGAAACUGAUAAAUCGAUAAUAGCAAGAAACGAAUUCGAUGAACCGGAUGCACCUGAAAAACCAGUGGUAACGAAUUGGGAUGAAAACUUUGUUGAGCUGCAGUGGGAACAACCAAAAACCGAUGGUGGAUCACCAGUGACUGAAUUUUCAAUACAAAAGAAAGAAAGAGGAAGCCCGUAUUGGGUAAAUGCCGUAACAGUUCCAGGCAAAGAAACAAAGGCAAUCAUUCCAGACUUAAUCAAAGGACAAGAAUACGAAUUUAGAGUUAUUGCUACAAAUAAAGCUGGACCUAGUCCUCCAAGUGAUCCUUCAGAUCCGAUUAUCGUGAAUAAUAGAUAUUUGAAACCAAAAAUAAAGACUCCCUUAAAAGAUAUUUUCAUAAGAGCUGGAACAGUUCUACACGUUGAUAUAGAUUUUAUUGGAGAACCACCUCCAGAAGUAACAUGGACGGUAAAUGGAUCAGAACUUAAACCAGAUAAUAGAACAACAAUAACCUCUAUUGGAUACCACACAAUCAUGAACAGAGUGAAUUCAAAACGAGUAGACUCUGGAACAUAUAAUUUAUUGCUCAAAAACAGUUCUGGAACUGACGAAGGGUCAUUUAAUGUUACUGUAUUAGAUAGACCUGGGCCACCUGACGGACCGCUUACAUAUGAAGAUAUUACCGCCAAUUCGGUAACGCUAUCUUGGAAAACACCAAAAGACAACGGUGGAAGUGAAAUUACAGCUUAUGUUAUUGAAAAACGAGAUUUAACUCAUGGAGGAGGUUGGGUACCAGCAGUUACAUAUAUAAACCCAGCGUUUACUUAUGCCACAGUUCCAAGGCUUAUCGAAGGAACUAGGUAUGAGUUCCGCGUUCGAGCUGAAAAUUUACAAGGAUUAUCCGAACCUUUAACUACAGCUGAACCAAUAGUUGCCAAAAAUCAAUUUGAUGUUCCUGGAAGACCGGGUAAACCCGAAGCCACUGAAGUGGACCAAGAACACAUUAAACUAAUGUGGACUCCACCUAUGAGUAAUGGAGGAUCGCCAAUUGUUGGGUAUGACAUAGAAAGAAGAGAGAGAUCUACAGCUGGUCGGUGGGCUAAAAUAACUAGAUCACCAAUAAAGACUACCGAGUAUGAUGAUACUCAUGUGCACGAAGGCAAACAGUAUGAGUAUCGCAUAAGUGCAGUCAAUGCUGCUGGUUCUAGUAAACCUAGUGAGACGUCAGAUGUAUACACUGCAAAAUUAACAAGAGAAAAACCAAAACUACAUUUAGAAGGCCUAAUGGGAGGCCGAAUAAAGGUUAGAGCUGGAGAGCCGAUCAACAUUAGCAUACCAAUUUCGGGUGCGCCAACUCCGCGCAUCGAGUGGGUCAUAAAUGGUGAAAAGCCUCCAGAAACUAACCGUAUACUUUCUGUUACUGGAAGUAACUUGACUAAACUUAGAGUUGACAAUUCUACUCGUAAAGAUGCCGGAAAAUAUACAAUAACCGCAUCAAAUUCGUCUGGAAAAGAUUCUGCAGACAUAUAUGUAUCAGUGGUAAGUUGUCCAAGUGCACCAAAGGGACCUUUGCAGUAUCCUGGUGCCACACAUGAUACUGUUACACUUGCAUGGAGACCUCCUGAAGAUGAUGGAGGAAACGACAUAACUGGAUAUAUCAUUGAAAUGUCCGAGUUUGGAAUGGAUAGUUGGAAAGUAGUUCCUGGCUUCUGUCCAAAUACUACAUUUACAGUUAAAGGUCUAAGUGAAGGAAAACGAUACGUGUUCAGAGUAAAGGCUGAAAAUAUGUACGGUGUUUCGGAACCUUUGGAAGGAAUUCCGAUUACAGCUAAGAGCCCAUUCGAUCCACCCGAUGCUCCGGGACAACCUGAAGUAACUAAUUACAGUCCAAACAGCUGUAGUCUUAGCUGGACUCCACCAAUAAACACAGGCGGAAGACCAAUAAGCGGAUACAUUAUUCAAAAGAGAGAAAGGGGUGGUGAUUGGGUUAAAUGUAAUAAUUUCCCAACUUCAAAUACUAGUUUCACUGCUCAAGAUCUUAGAGAAGGUAACCGUUAUGAAUUCCGUGUACUUGCAGUAAACGAAGCCGGUACAGGUAAACCUAGUAAGCCCAGUAAUCCAGUUACGGCUAAAGAACAAAAGAAAGUACCAGAAGCUCCUGAAGCACCAAAACCAGACAGAAUCACCAAAGAUAGUGUAGUAUUAUCUUGGAGACCACCAAGGUUUGACGGCGGCGCAAAAAUAAAAGAAUACGUUUUAGAACAAAAGAAGAAAGGUGAAUCCGAUUGGUCGGAAGUAAUAUGCCCAACUAUUUAUUCUACGUUAUGCACGGUUGGAAAUUUAAAAGAAGGUGAUGAAUACCAAUGGCGAGUUAUAGCUGUAAAUGAAGCAGGGCGAUCAAAACCCAGUCGACCAAGUGUAAAUGUUUUAGUUGAAGAACAACCUAAUAAGCCUUGUUUGGAUUUGUCUGGUGUUAGAGAUAUUACAGUGAAAGCUGGCGAUGACUUUUCUAUUCAUAUACCAUAUAUUGGAUUCCCAGUACCCACUGCAACUUGGUUCAAUAAUGAUCAAAUUAUAAAUGAUUCAGAUCCUAGAGUUCAUAUACAAUUGACAAGUAACUCUGUAAGCUUAGUUAUUAAAAACUCCCGACGAACAGAUGCUGGACAAUAUAGAUUACAACUACGAAACCAAUCUGGAUUUGACACGGCUACGUUACACGUGAGAGUUCUAGAUAGACCUAUGCCUCCUGAACACUUUUAUGCCGAUGAAUUAAACGGAGAUUCAUUGACAUUAUUCUGGCAUCCACCAUUGGAUAACGGCGGAGCUCCAGUUACCAACUACUUAGUAGAAAAGAAAGAAUUAAACUCAACAACCUGGCAAAAGGUCAGCAACUAUGUUGCAUCACAACAAUGUAAAGCUCGUAAUCUUAUUGUUGGAAAAACAUACCAGUUCCGUGUUAUGGCUGAAAAUAAAUAUGGUGUAUCUGACCCUGCUAUCACCGUUGAUCCAAUUACUGCAAGGCAUCCAUUUGAUGUGCCUGGCGCACCAGGAAUUCCAAAAGCUGUGGACACAUCAGAAGACUCAAUUACAAUUACAUGGGCCAAACCUAGAAAUGACGGCGGAUCACCAAUCACAGGCUACAUGAUAGAAAAACGAUUGAUAAGUGAAGAUAAAUGGACAAAAGCAUCACAUGCUAUAAUACUCGAUACCACAUUUAGAAUUCAUAAUUUAAUUGAAAAUCAUGAAUACGAGUUCAGGGUUUCCGCACUAAACACAGCUGGUCAAGGUCCAUGGAGUUCAUCUUCUGAUGCCAUAAGAUGUUGUCCACCUGCAUGUGCGCCAAAAAUAACGAGUGAUCUAAGUAUAAGAGACAUGACUGUAAUUGCUGGUGAAGAAUUUACUAUUACGGUUCCAUUCACUGGAAGUCCUUUACCAAAACCAGUAUGGAGUAUUAAUGGAGAAGAAGUUAUACCUGAUUCUAGAAUUAAAUUUGAAACAUCGUCAAAUGAAACAGUAUUUAAAAAUAAAUGCGCAAAACGUAAAACUGACACUGGUAAUUACACCAUUCACUUGGUCAACAAUAUUGGUGCCGAUUCCGCAUCUUGCAAAGUUCUUGUUGUUGACAAACCAUUACCGCCACAAGGACCUCUAGAAGUUAUGGAUUUAACUCCUGAAACCUGUUUAUUAUCUUGGAAGCCGCCUUUAGACGAUGGUGGCUCACCAAUCACAAAUUACAUAAUUGAAAAAUAUGAAACUUCAAGUGGUUUGUGGUCGAAACUAAGCAGUUUUGUUCGUCCAUGUCAUUAUGAUGUCAUUGGGUUAGAACCAAACAAAAAAUAUAACUUCCGUGUCCGAGCUGAAAAUCAAUAUGGAUUAUCAGAACCAAUUGAAAUGGAUUCUGUCAUAACAGCCAAAUUCCCAUUCACGGUACCCGAUCCACCGGGUCAUCCACAAAUUUUAGAAUGGGACGAAAUAAAAGCAACAUUAAUAUGGGAAAGACCCAUACAUGACGGAGGAGCGAAAAUUCAAGGAUACAAAAUCGAAUUCAAAGAUAUUACCGAAGGCGGAAAUUGGCGCACAGCAAAUGAUUAUGUUGUAAAGGAACCACUUUACGUUAUUCAUAAUCUGUUGAACGAACAUGAUUACGAAUUCCGUGUACUAGCUAAGAACGCUGCUGGUUUCAGUAAACCUUCUAUUCCUACACCGAACUUCCGAUUGAAAGGUAAAGCCAAGCCUCCGUCGAAACCAGGUACUCCUACGGUACUUAAAGUGGGUAGAACAUAUGCUGAUUUGAAAUGGGAUCCACCAAUGUCUGACGGUGGUAGCAAAAUCACUGGAUACUCAAUCGAAAAGAGACAAGUUGGAAAUUCUGUAUGGGUGAAAUGCAAUGAUUACUCUGUAUUUGAUUGUAACUUCACUGCUAUGAAUUUAAUCGAAGGCGCUGAUUAUGAGUUUAGAGUGUUUGCUUUAAAUAUAGUUGGUAAAAGUGAACCUAGCUUGUGUACCACACCAGUGAAAAUAUGCGAGUUUGAAGGUGGAGAAAAACCAGAAUUUAUUGUACCACUCACCAAUAAAGUCAUUCAAUUUGGCAAGACGACAACGUUGCGUUGUGAAGCUAUUGGAAAACCUAUGCCAAAUGCUAAAUGGUUAAAGAAUGGACGUGAAAUUAUAUCGGGUGGACGAUACAAAUGUGAAUCUGCCAACGGAGUUUUCCAAUUACAUUUCCCUGAAGUGUCAGAGAUUGAUGAUGGUGAUUAUACAUGUGAGUCAUAUAAUCCUGUAGGAUUCGUUACAACGUCUUCACGAGUUAAAAUUGGACAUCCACCCAAAAUUGAACGCAUGCCAAACUCAAUCAAUGUUCCUGAAGGAGAAAAUAGUAAAAUUAAAAUAUUCUACAGUGGUGAUUCUUUGGAAGAAGUUGUCUUAGAGAAAAAUGGAACAACUAUUCCCCAAAGUGAUCACUUUAAAUUUACCAUCUUUGAUGAUUAUGUAAUCAUAUUUUUAAAAGAAGCAAAGAAGAAUGAUGCUUCUGAUUACACAGUUACUCUUAAGAAUCUCAGUGGUAACGCCUCUGGAUCCUUUACCAUAAAUAUAUCUGGCUAUCCCGGACCACCAAUCGGACCUUUGGGAGUUUCAGAAAUAACUAAACAUACGUGUUCACUCUCGUGGAAUCCACCAAAAUAUGACGGAGGUCUUAAAAUAACUCAUUAUAUUGUUGAGCGCAAAGAUAUUACUUCAAACCAUUGGAUAUGUAUUUCUACCACGUGCAAAGAUACUCAUUUCCUCGUACAAGGUUUAACUGAAGGAAACGAAUACGUUUUCAGAAUUAUUGCUGUUAAUGACAAUGGACUUAGUCCUCCGUUAGAAGGAAAUAAUCCAAUUAAAGCUAAGCCACCAUAUGAUAAACCAUCGCCACCUGGAAUUCCCACUGUAACUGAGAUUGGUGGAGACUUUGUAAACCUUAGUUGGGAAAAACCAAUCGACGACGGUGGCUCAAGGAUUCAAGGAUAUUUGAUUGACAAACGUGAAAUUGACUCAGAAACAUGGCAGAGAGUAAAUGCCGCCAUUUGUGUUACUACACAAAUAAAUAUUUCAAAUCUUAUUGAAGGGCGCCAAUAUGUGUUCCGAGUUUUUGCACAAAAUGAAGCAGGUUUAAGUUUACCUAGCCAAGCAUCAAAUACAGUGACCAUAAAAGAUCCAUUAACUGCUCAACCUCCUGAAAUAAUCAAACCCCUUGGUAAAGUCCAAGCCAUUCAAAACCAAAAUGCUCAAUUUCAAUGUGUUAUUACUGGUGUUCCUAAGCCUACAAUUACUUGGUAUAAGGGAGCUCGGGAAAUUACACCAAGUGCCAGGCAUCAUAUGUUUAAUGAAGGAGACUCACAUACUCUUAUUAUAAAUGGUGUAUACGGUGCUGAUUCAGAUGAAUAUGUAUGUAGAGCUAGUAAUAAGGGUGGAAUUAAAUCAACUCGAGGAGAACUUUUGAUAAUGACACCUCCAAAAUUGAACGUACCACCUAGGUUCAGAGAUACAGCAUUCUUUGACAAAGGUGAAAAUGUAGUUAUUAAAAUUCCUUUCACUGGUUUCCCUAAGCCAAAGAUUAAAUGGUACCGUGAAAAUGAAGUAAUUGAGUCUGGAAGUCAUUUUGCUGUUGAAGUUUCUGAAAGGCAUGCUAUUUUAACAAUCAGAGAUGUUAGUAAGUAUGAUAGUUCUCCUUACAGAGUUGUAGCAGAAAAUGAUUUGGGAGUGGACAGCGCAAUUAUAAAAAUUCAAAUUAGUGAUCAUCCUGAUCCGCCAUUCAAUUUAUCAAUUGAAGAUAUUGGUCAAGAUUCACUUAUUCUAAACUGGAAUGCACCUACAUGGGAUGGUGGAUCUAAUAUUACAAACUACCUUAUUGAAAAGAGAGAAAUUCCUAUGAGUAGUUGGAUUCGUGUUGGGAAUACUCGAUUUACUUCAACAGCAGUGACUGGUCUAAGUCCAGGACAUGAAUAUGAAUUUAGAAUAUACGCUGAAAACGUAUAUGGUAGAAGUAAACCUAGUGAAGUAUCACCAAUAGUAAAAACAAAAGAAUUGUUGAAAAAACCACCAAAAACUAAACGAUACGAAGUUGAUGAAAAUGGUAAAAAAAUUAGAGGAAAAGCAGAUGGCAAUAUUAAAGAUUACGACCAAUACGUUUUUGACAUUUAUUCAAAAUAUAUACCACAGCCAGUGGACAUUAAGACACAGUCUGUAUACGAUUAUUACGACAUAUUAGAAGAAAUUGGAACUGGUGCAUUCGGAGUAGUACACCGUUGUCGGGAACGUAAAACUGGAAAUAUUUUUGCUGCCAAAUUUAUACCAGUAGCACAUAAUGUCGAAAAAGAAUUAAUUAAAAGAGAAAUUGAUAUAAUGAACCAACUUCAUCAUCCAAAAUUGAUCAAUUUACACGAUGCUUUCGAAGAUGAAGAUGAAAUGGUUUUAAUAUUCGAAUUUUUGUCCGGAGGAGAGCUAUUUGAGAGAAUCACAUCAGAAGGAUACUCAAUGUCCGAAGCAGAAGUGAUCAACUAUAUGCGACAGAUAUGUGAAGCUAUUAAGCAUAUGCACGAAAGAAAUAUUAUUCAUUUGGAUAUAAAACCAGAAAAUAUAAUGUGCCAAACAAAGAAGAGUUCGAAUGUAAAACUCAUCGAUUUCGGAUUGGCAACUAAGUUGGAUCCCAACGAGAUCGUUAAGAUAUCGACAGGAACUGCUGAGUUUGCAGCUCCAGAAAUAGUUGAAAGAGAACCAGUUGGUUUUUACACAGACAUGUGGGCUGUUGGUGUCUUAGCAUAUGUCCUUCUGAGUGGACUGUCGCCAUUCGCAGGAGAAAACGACGUGGAGACACUUAAAAACGUGAAAGCUUGUGACUGGGACUUCGAUGAAGAUACCUUUAACAUAGUUUCAGAUGAAGGAAAAGAUUUUAUCAGACGACUUUUGAUUAAAAACAAGGAAAAACGAAUGACAGCUCACGAAUGUUUAAUGCAUCCAUGGCUGAUGGGAGACCACUCCGAUCGUACAGCUACGCUCAACUCGUCAAAUUACACGAAAAUCAGAGAUCAAAUUCGCAAAAAAUACAGCGAUUGGGAUUCGUUUGCUCUACCUCUUGGAAGAAUAUCAGAAUACAGUGCUCUUAGAAAGCUUAUGGUAGAGAAAUAUAAAAUAUACGAAAGCUCGUUUGAUCGACGACAAGCAGCUCCGCGAUUCGUCAUCAAACCUCAAAGUGCAUUCUGUUACGAAGGACAAAGUGUCAAAUUCCAUUGCCGUGUCAUUGCUGUAGCGCAACCGACAUUGUCAUGGUUCCACAAUAACGAAGAGUUAAGACAAAGUGUUAAGUUCAUGAAGCGAUAUGCUGGUGAAGAUUACACGUUCAUCAUCAAUAGAGCUAAACUUGAUGACAGAGGAGAAUACAUAAUAAGAGCGGAAAAUACCUAUGGCUAUAGGGAAGAAGUCGUAUUCCUCAACGUACAACCUUUGCCAAAAGCAGCACCGGUAUACAGACAUGAAGUUCAACAAAUCAGAAGACGAGAACCGCUCGCCAACACAUAUUAUAUCGAAGAGAAGGAGAGUGCACCAAAUUUCACCUUCUUAUUACGACCUCGUGUCAUACAAAUACAUCAAACUUGCAAGUUGCUGUGUUGUUUAAGUGGCACACCAAUACCAACUAUACAAUGGUUCAAAGGAACCAAAGAGCUAUCUAAGCGUGAUUACACCAUUACCCAUACGGAUGGUGUGAUUACAUUAGAAAUUAUCGACUGCAAGCCUGAAGACUCGGGCAAAUACCGCUGUGUUGCCACUAAUGUUCACGGCACAGACGAAACCAGCUGCGUUGUGAUUGUAGAAGGUACCGAACAAAGUCAAGAGCAGGCAGAGUUAUCACAUAAUUUACUACACUCAGAUCGCAGGUACGUCGAUCAGCAUCAUUUCAGACCCGCGCCGACGGUCAUCACCAAGCGCACCGCCAUCACUUCCAACGUGCACGGCAGCAGCUCGGUGUCUUCAAACCAAUCCAUCACCACUAACUCGUCCACGAAAAUCAGCGAUACGACCGUUACCUCUACUGAAAGGAAGAGCAUUAAGAAAUACGGCAAUAAACUGAACGCGAUUGGAAGUCCGUCGAGGUCCCGUAGUUCUACAAAAGAAUUGAGAUUAUCACCUGACGAAGCCAUGUGUCCUCCGGACUUUUCUACUCGCUUAGUUGAUACAUCUGUCAAUGACGGACAUUCUUUAGAACUUAUAUGUAAAGUAACCGGUGACCCAGAGCCACAAAUCACAUGGUUAAAGAACGGAAAGACUAUCAGUUCGUCUAACGUCUUAGAUCUAAAAUACAAAAACCGAUUGGCGACGUUGAAGAUCAAUGAAGUAUUCCCUGAAGAUGCCGGAGAAUAUAUCUGUAAAGCUACCAACUCGUUGGGAACUAAGGAAACGAGUUGUAAACUCACAGUCAAAGCUGUGGACGUAUCGAAAAACAAAAACCGAAACGACUUACCUCCAAUAAUUGCCAGCCAUCUGACAUCGGCUACGGUAACCGAUGGCGAUGCGGUGACACUCCAAUGCCAAAUCAUCGGAGCUAAUAAAUUCGAUGUAGUAUGGCUUCACAACCACAAGGAAAUAAAACCCAGUAAAGAUUUCGACUAUGUCAACGUGGCAAACGUUUACACCCUAAAAAUUGCUGAAAUUUUCCCCGAAGAUUCCGGUACAUACACUUGCGAAGCGUUUAACGACGCUGGCGAAGCGUUCAGCAGUUGUUCGAUCUUCGUUCUAGGUGCUAAAGAAAAGCCUAAAGGCAUGACGUUCCAAAGUUUCCCCAAGUCGGUGACUGUACAAGACAAAGAAAGCGUCGAAAUAGAAUGCGAAAUCCUCGGAAAACCGACAAACGUAACCUGGAUUAAAGACAAUGUUCCUAUUGGCGAAGAUUCGAGUAUUUACCAAUUUAUGCAAAUUGAUAAUAAGUAUCGAAUGAAAAUACUCAGAGCCGGUCAUGACGACAUUGGUCAGUACAUGGUCGAAGCAAAGGAUUCCAGUGGGGUACAAAUCGCAGCCGCAUUUUCAGUCAAUUUGUCAUCUUUAUCCGAAUAAAAUUUCACAUAAUAAUCAACGUUCAAGAUAAUGAAACUACAAACCAUUGUAAAAUAAUGUACGACAAAAAAAUUAAACUAAAAACAUCAUAUAGGUAUCGUUUUAUCGAAGUUGUAAAUUUCCAUUAUUUUUGUACAGCAAGUAUAAUUUUACAAUUUUUUUUUUUUUUUAUCAAAUAAUAUUAAAAAUCAUUAACAUUCACGAUUCACCAACCUAAUGAAUACAACUGCAGACGUGCAGUUUACGCAUAGGUUUUGUUAAUUAAAUAAUACUUUAACUAUGAUGAUCAAAUAAUAUUCGUACUCCAAAAGCUAUUUAUGUAUUU